ACUUUGGUGAAGUUUAUAUCUUUAUUGGGAUUAAUCUGUUUAUUAUCUAUAUUGGUCUAGCUAUAAAAGAAGACCAAAAACUGAACGACCAUUAGAUGGUUUUAAAGGUCAAUCAUUUAAUAAAUUCAUAAAAGAAGAUGCAGGUGUUCAGUUUUAUCUCAAUUCUGUUGCUGUUUGGCAUGUGGAGUGCUUUUCCUCAACCCAACAGCGUAAGUGCAACCCCACUACCAAUAGACUGGAAUACUUUUCAAGUAACUGGUUGUGUAGGUUGUUUUCUACCAGCCUCUACUUAUGCCACAUUCAAACCAAUCUCCACUACAACCAAACGCUACCAUUUUACAGAUAAUGUACACACAUGGUACACAUUCAAACGAACCUCCAAAACAACCAAAGGCUACUAUCUUACAGAUAUUGUACGAUGGUACACAUUCAAACCAAUCUCCACUACAACCAAAGGCUACUAUUUUACAGAUAAGAUAGGAUGGUAUGUAUAGGUGAUCCUGAUGCCUGAGGAAGAGUGAUCAACUAGUAGGACACAAUAUAGGGUGUUUGGUAGCGAAUGGGCCAUAGCUUAACCUUAGAUUCAUGAGUUUAAAAUAGGUCGAUAUGAGCUAACUUACUUUAGUACUAAAAUUUAUAUUAAUCGAAACAUAAGGUGUCAAAGUUAAAAAAACCUCCGUUGAUCAAAUUUCGUGUCGUUAUCCCAUGACUGUCGGAAAAUAUUCAAGAAUAAAUAAAAUAAAUCUUAACUUUGACACACUAUAUUUCGGUUAUUAUCAAUUUUCGUAAACUGUAAGUUAGCUUAAUAGCCCAAUAAAUGACCGUUUUGGAGUGUAAUUUUCAGGGGCAACUUCGAAUUGCAUGAAAAUUUGGAUUUAGGUUUUACGUACCCUCCACUUCAAAGUUGAAUUUGUGCCGUUGGUUGCUUUUACUUGGGGGGCGAUAGUCACCCCUUCUCGUGGGGUGAAAAAUCUGUGUUUAAAAUAAGCCCGGAAAUGGAUAAAUUGACAGAUUAUGAGCAACUUUCGUUCUAUAAAGUUUUUUACGUAAGUCAAUACUUUUCGAGUUAUUCACGAUUGAAAAUGUUGAUUUUUCGACAAAAAAAAGUACGCUUUCAGAAGGUUUUUCUCAAAUAACUCAAAAAGUAAAUAUUUUAUCAAAAAAAAUAUUCUUAUCAAAAGUGUAGCUUAUAAAAAAACAAAAGAAAUAGUGUAUCAGUUAAGUAUAUAAAUUGAGUACAAGCAAAGUUGUAGCUCAUGAAAAAUACGUUAUUAUUCGUCUAAUUCCAAAUCGAAUAAUUCAACGCAAAAUCACCGAAAAUUUAAGCACUUUUCGGGAAAAGCUUAAUAACAUUCUUAAGUUAUCUAAAAAAAUAUUUAUAUUUGUUUUUUGUAAAAGUUUCUAGCACCAAAAAUAAACGAGUUAGGCUGAAAAAAAGUUGACUUUUUUGAAAAGUAUUAGUGAUAAGAAAAAUCUUAAAGAGUAAAAAAAUGUAGGUAUUGCUAAUAUUAAUAUGCUAGUUUCAUUGUAUUUUUCCGCAAGACAAAAAUUGGUUAAGAUAUGACUGUUCAAAAUUUGCAUACACUCGUUAUUAGUGACCCGUUCUAGUUUUUUCAACUAUAAGCCUUUCAAAAAUAAGCACUUUAAACCGGUGAGACUGACAGAUCAUAUAAAAAAUAGAUAAUUAAGUAAAUUGUUUUUAAAGCGGUAGCGAUUAAUUUCAUUUGGGGAGCUAAACACAGGGAGAUUUUCAUUUUUUUUACCAAAAAAAAAGAGGGCCAACUUUUAUUUUGAGCGUAACUUGGUUAUUUUUUUGCUAGAAAAUUUUAUAAACAAUUAAAAUAAAGAUUUUUAUAAACACUUUAAAAAAGUUUAAAUGGGUUUUUCCCGAAAAGUGCUUAAAUUUUCGGUGAUUUCACCUUGAAAUAUUCGAUUUGGAAUUGGACGAAUAAGAAUGUAUUUUUCAUGAGCUACAACUUUGUUUUUACUCAAUUGAUAGACUUUACUGAUACACCAUUUUUUUAGGUUUUUUAUAAGCUACACUUUUGCUAAGAUUAUUUUUUUCGGUCAAAUAUUUACUUUUUGAGUUAUUUGCGAAAAACCGUCUGAAAACGUAGUUUUUUUUGUCGAAAAUAAACAUUUUCAAUCGCAAAUAACUCGAAAAGUGUUGACUUACAUAAAAGAGCAAAAGUUACUUAGAAUCAGUAAAUUUAUCCAUUUCCGGUUUUAUCUUGAACGUAUGUUUUUUCACCCCCGAGAAAGAGUGACUGUCACCCCCCACGUAAAAGCAACCAACGGCACAAUUUCAACUUUAAAGUGGAGGGUAAGUAGAACCUAAAACCAAAUUUUCAUGCAAUUCGGAGUUGCCCCUGAAAAUUACACGGUAUCGCCGUAUUUCCCGUUCAUUUACUGGGCUAUAAAUCGACCUAUUUUAACUUUAGGAAUGUAAGGUUAACCUAUGGCCCAUUCGUUACCAAACACCCUGUAUAUUGCUAUUAUUUGAUUUGUAUUUUCCCAUGAAUUAUCUAUUAUUUUAAUUAUAGCACGGGAUUAUCAUAAAUGUUGUAUCUAAAAA